UUUUAGUGGAUCAAGAGUGAGCCAGUAUCGAUAAAAAUUCUCACAUAAUAAAAGGUGAGAUACAAUCGAUUCUAUGAUGUCAUUGAUGGCUGAAAGUUUGUGGAACAGACCUACGAUGCCUGAUACCUGCGAAAUACAACCCAUGGAGUGGUCAAACAAUGACUAUUCGGUUGAAGAUUUCGUCCAGCAUCCUAUGCUUCUUCCCAACGGAUACCCAUAUAAUUUUGCUCCUCGAAUGGAACAUCGUCGUCCACAUUACCCUCCUGUACGUCAGCCAAAACCAAGGCGUUCCAUGGAUGUGGGAGCGAUGAGAACACCGUACUCAAAUUACUGUACUCAAUUGUCUUUAGGAGGACCUUCAUAUGAACCGCGCUAUCCAAGUUAUGGGUAUCCCAGUCCACCAAAUUUGGUUCCCUACAAUUUGCAGAAUAAUUUUCCGGGACCGAAAAGUUCCAUAAGUCCUGAUGAAUGUAAGUAUAAGCCAAUGAGUUACAACUCACAAGAAUGUCCAGCCUCGAUGCCAUUUCACCAAGUGCCAGAAAAUCGUGUGCGGUGGGAUGAGCCUAAAUGUGAUCCUGUUAUAGUUAUCGACGUUGACGAGCCAGACGAUAAAGAAGCAGCAGAUUGCAGCAAAGAUGACGAAGAAGAACUUCAGGACGACUACGACCAGUCGACGUAUGUGACUUAUGUGCCAAAAGAAGUGAAUUUCGGGGUUCCUCACCCCAGCGAUGUAGUUGAAUCGGAAAGCUUAUCAUGCGUGGACUCUCCGAAGAUAACUUAUAAGCUAAGUCUGCCUGAGACAGUUUUCUCUGAAGGAAAGUUGUCGAAUGUUCAAAUUGAGGCUGUGAUUUAUGCGUGUCAGGCUCAUGAGCAACGACUCCCGUCCGGAGAGAGGAUGGGGUUUCUGCUUGGCGACGGUGUUGGCUUAGGCAAGGGGAGGACCAUCGCUGGCAUCGUGAGGGAAAAUUGGAUCAAAGGAGAAAAGAAAGCGUUGUGGGUCUCAGCCAGCAGAGAUUUAGAGCUGGAUGCAAGGAGAGAUCUUGACGACGUGGGUGCGUUAGACAUUGCAAUCUGUCCAGUGACCAGAGUUCCUUACUCGAAGGAUGUAGAACAUUAUAUCUCGAAAGGAGUGUUGUUCUCAACCUACACGUCGCUCAUGAGCAAAAAAUCCGGGAACUUCUCUAAGUACGAAUCGCGCUUAGACCAAAUAAUUCAUUGGCUCGGCCCAAACUUUAAUGGUCUUAUUGUAUUUGAUGAGAGUCAUAGAGCUCGCAGAAUUAACGGGGAGAAAAUUAAAGAAGCCAAUUCAACUGGAAAAGUCGUCAUACGCCUUCAAAAAGAUUUUCCUAAUGCCAGGAUUGUUUACGCUUCAGCAACCAUGGCUUGUGAUCCCAGUCAUCUUGGUCACAUGACUCGACUUGGCUUAUGGAAAACCGAAUCUACGUUCACAAAUUUCAAAAGCAAGAUUGAAAAUCUAAACAUGAUGGAAAUGGUUUCGAUGGAGUUAAAGCAAAAAGGCGUAUAUCUCGCUCGCAGAUUGAGUUUUAAGGGAGUUAAAUAUGAAACAAAAAACAUUGACCCUGACGAAAAAUUUCUGCAGGUUUACGAAAAAAGUUGCGCUCUCUGGACAGAAAUGAGAAGAGAAUUUUACGCACGCGAUGACAUCAAUUCGAAGCACAACCGUGCAUACUUCUGGGGAGCAAAUCAAAGCUUCUUUCGUUACCUUUGUAUUGCAGCGAAAGUCGAGUCUGUUAUUCAAAUGACCAGAGAAGCUCUCAACGAAAACUGUUGCGUUGUGAUAGGGCUUCAAUUAACUGGAGAAGCAAAUUCAUUAGACAUGAAGUUUAAUGCCAUCCACGACGAGUUGGACCAAGGAAUAGUGUCACCAGCGAAGUGUGCAGUUGAACGCGUCAUGAAGAAAAUACCGGAACUUUGCACGCCUAAAACUCUUGAACUUUUCAAAUCAGUGGCAGAUGAUCUUCCUCGUAACACAUUGGAUGUGUUGAUUGAAAACCUUGGCGGUGAAUCAAAAGUCGCGGAAUUGACUGGAAGAAAACGAUCAGCUAACGUCAAAAGUGCAAACAUACAUGAGAAAGACGCUUUCAUGCGAGGAGAUAAACUAGUGGCUGUGAUUUCAGAUGCCGCCUCGACUGGAAUUUCGCUUCAAAGUGACAGAAGGGCUUUGAACCAGAAAAAACGCGUUCACAUCUGCCUAGAGCUUCCUUGGUCAGCUGAUGCAUCCAUACAACAAAUGGGGAGGACCCAUCGCAGUAACCAAGUUGUGCCCCCAAAAUAUAUUUGCCCGGUCACAGACAUAGCGGGAGAGAAACGUUUUGCUUGGGGUUUGGCCAAGAAAUUGGAAAAAUUAGGUGCUUUAACCCAGAGUGAUAGAAGAGUGCAAGGUGCGUCAUUACUACUCGACUGUAAUUUGCAUGAAAGUUUGGCCAAUGAAGCCAUCGACGCACUUUUGAGCGAUGCUUUCGAGCGAAACCUGAAACUAAAUUCAAAAAGCGAAGACUUAAUGAGUACUUAUCUAGCAAAUGUCGGCUUAACACCACACAAAAAGGAGGGAAUAUCUUGGCAGAAAUUCCUGAAUCGGUUGUUGGGAUUACCGCCUGCUGUCCAGACGACAAUUUUUGAUGCAUUUCAAGUAACCUAUCGGCGAGUUAUGUCUAAAGCAAUUGAGAAAAAUGAAGUGAAAUUUGGAUCGAAUUCCUUAAUUGCAACUUCUCUCGAGGUGCUGGAAAAACUACAGUACAAAGAUACUGGCAGUUUCUCGCACGACGAGCAAGUGACGCUUCAGAAGAUUCGAUUGCAAUUGGGAAUGACUUGGGAAGAGGCAAAACAACUUCAUGAUAAUCUGGCCGAAAAACUUCCCAGUGAUGGCUUUUACGAGAAAAUUUGCAGUAGCUCCAAUUCAGACAUCAUUUUGCUCUUGUUCGAUCGUGAUCGUAAUGUUCAAACGUCAGUGGGGCCUGGCUACACUGGCCAUGAAAGACUUUACUCAAGUGAAAAAAUUCCCGCUCGGUACCAAAAAAUCACUCCAGAGGAAGCCAAAGAAAAAUGGGAACUGCAAUAUCAACAUUUAGAAAACGGCUGCCGACAUAAGUUUGAAUUCAAGAAACCUAAAUGCCUUGAAAGUUGCUGUGAAAGUAAAAUUUUCAGGGAAAAGUUCAUCGUCACAGGGUCGGUUCUAUCGAUCUCUGGUGUGAUUGACAUCGGUACGACGGAAUCACUCAACAUCCAACUGAAAAACCCCCUUGAAGAGAGUGAAUAUAACAGGUUUAUUGGACUGGACUUGAAACAGUCCAGCUUUCAGAAGCUCAAAGCAUACCUUGAAAAACAAAAGUAUGCGCCAAAACCUGCUUGUGCCCUUGAAAACAACGACAAUAAUUCUCCAUUGAUGGACAAUGUAACCCGUGGCAUCAAUUCCAACUUUCCUUCCUGUGCAAAUGAGACACGAACCUUCCCAAACAUCGCCAGCAACAGCAUGAAUUUACCGCCUUGUGGUGCAAAAGCCAGCGCGCUGGAAUCUCCUUAUCACAAAUUCAAUUUCACAUACUCGAUAGAUGAAGUAGAAGAAUUGAUCGAACAUGAAAUGCAGGGACACUCGACGCAACAACUGCCAGUUUGCUAUCAUUCGAAACCAGAAUUACCGACUUCAUCUGGCUUGCCGAACACUUGCUGGAGUUCUACAUCUGGGUCAAUGAUGGACUCAAUUUACCCAAGUCGAGCAAUAACACCCGAAUUUAUGGACCAAAAUUUGUGCCAAGACGUUGAAGUGGACGGCAAGCGUCACAAGAUAGAUUAUAUUUUAAACUUUUUGGAUUUUUUUCUGAAAUGAAAAUAGUGAAAUUGAAAAUCGCGAACAAGAAGAGAACGUCGAAACUUAAGAGCUGUGAUGUUUGCAAAUAUAAAACAAUUUAGAGAGUAAAAAGAGCCAAAUUGAUCAAAAUUUUUUAUCUUCUAAUUAAGUAAGAACGUGCGAUCAACACUAAUAAACUUUUUAAAACGAAUGUCAAUAUUAGGAUUUGUUUAUAAAAUAACUUAUUGUCUGAUUUGUUACAGUUUUGAGAGGCUAUUAUUCCAAAAUGUUAAAAUGAUGCUAGCAUUGCAGCAUUGUACAGUUUAUCAAAGGUACAAAUUAGCUAUAAGCGCCGAAAAUGUGUCUCGACCGAAGCUGUGAUGUUUUGUGAUUAAAGGAUAUAACUUUAGCUUGAAUUAGCACAUCUAACAUUAUUUCUUUAAUUUUUUAUGAUGUUUGCAUAAUCUAAAGCAUCCGUGUAAAUAAGAAUGUUUGUUGCUAUAUUCGCAUCAUUUUUUUCUAGCGAUAAUGGAUGAUACUUUAAUGGAUCUAUAUGAAUAAUAUUAAAUUUUGUU